CGCCGGAUAUCGUCAGUAUCGGUUAGACGCGCAACCCUCGACAUGUUUCGCCGGCUCGGCGCGACUUUUGUUUUCGUCGUGCACAUUUUUUUACCCGUAUUGCCGACGUAUAUGCCAUCGUCCAUGUCGUCGUCGUCGUCGGAUUUCACGGGCCCAUCUUUUUUGUUGGAGCCUCCCGGAAAGUUCGAGUUCUCUAACACAACGGGCGCGUGGAUCGACUGUACAGCGGCCGGACAUCCGGCGCCACAUAUCCGGUGGCUGAUGGCCGAUGGGACGCCGGUGCCGGACGUACCGUCGCUCCGGCAAGACAUGUCAAAUGGCACACUCGCACUGUUGCCGUUCCCGCCGGCAAUGUACCGACAAGACGUGCACAGUUCCGUGUACCGAUGUCUGGCCACCAAUGAUGUUGGAACCAUCGUCAGUCGUGAUGUGCACGUCAGAGCUGUUGUGGCUCAAGAUUACAGCCUCGAGGUUCGCGUGGUAAACGGAGGAUCUGCCAAAGGAUGCACAGCGGUAUUGGAAUGCGUAACGCCAACGUUCAUGAAAGAUUUAGUCAAGGUCGUAUCGUGGCUUCAAGAACCAGGAUUCUAUAUUUAUCCAUCUUUACAAGGAGACGGAAAAUAUCACGCAAUGCACACUGGUGAACUAUUGGUUCACAAUCUCGAAUCGAGCGAUCAGUUCUCGUCAUAUACGUGUCAAAUGAUGCACACUUUGACCAGAAAAUUGACGACCAGCACACCAGCCAACAUAGCCGUUCACGAGGCCGCGGGAAAUGAGAUGGUCGAAAUCGUCGCUCACAAGAGUUCGGUCCGCGUUGCCCAAGACGAAGGCGCCGUUCUCACGUGCAUCACAACCGGAUGUCCGCAUCCUCAUUUUAGAUGGUAUCACGUACUGGACGAGAACGAACCGACACUGUUAGAAACGGGCUCGGGAACUAGGGUUCUUGGUCAGGUACUCUCAAUAGAAGCGGUCAGACCAGAAGACGCGGGUACUUAUAGAUGUUCAGCCAACAAUGAUGCCGGCCAGACUAGCGCGGACACAAGACUGGACGUAGUCGUUCCACUUCAAGUACAAAUCAUCCCGGCCACGUCGACAGUCAGCCUGAACGGGCAAACUGAGCUGAGGUGCAUGACAUCCUCGUCGAACGACGGACCGCACUCCAUCACUUGGUACAAGGACGGCAGGGUGAUGGCGGGUAGAGCGCAGAGGGAAGUCUUAAGGCUCGUGUCGGUCAGUCGAGCCGAUUGCGGCACGUAUCAAUGUCUGGUGCGCAGGGGCGACGGAGAGACGGCCCAGAGCGCGGCCACCGUACGCUUGGGUGACGCCCCGCCGAUUAUGGAGUACACGUUCAUUGAGCAAACACUACAACCUGGCCCGACAGUGUCGUUAAAGUGCAGCGCGUCUGGAAACCCUACACCGUCAAUGGCAUGGUCGCUAGAUGGUUUUAAAUUACCAGAUCAUCCGAGAUAUUUAAUUGGUCAAUACGUUACACUGCACGGAGAUAUUGUUAGUCAUUUAAACAUUUCACAAGUUUUGGUGGAAGAUGGAGGUGAAUAUACGUGCACAGCCAAUAACCGAGCAGGAACUACUUCGCAUUCUGCUAGGCUUAAUAUAUAUGGUGAUCCGUACGUUAGACCAAUGAACAAAAUAACGGCCGUGGCCGGAGAAAACAUGAAGAUAAAAUGCCCCGUUGCUGGAUAUCCGAUCAACGAGAUAAGAUGGGAAAAAGAUGGAAAAGAAUUACCAGAGGACCUGAGGCAGAAGACCGACUUGCAGUUGGGCGUGCUGUCCGUGAUGUCUGUGCAAAAAGGAGUGGACUCAGGCUCAUAUACGUGCAUAGCAAACAACAAACACGGACAUUCGGCCAAAAUGACUACUUCGGUGGACGUGAUCGUACCUCCCGUAAUUGAGCCUUUUAAUUUUCCCGCCGACGGGCUGGUAGAAGGCACUCGAACGAGGGUCGUGUGCGGCGUGAGCCACGGCGACCCUCCACUGAGCAUUGCGUGGCUCAAGGACGGCGCGCCCGUCCCGCUGCAGGACGGCGGCGGCGAGGACCCGUCGGCCGCCGUCGCCACUGCCGCUGUCGCCGCCACUUUCGGCAAUGGUGUCGGCAGCAGUGGCGACGGUUCCGUGGUCGUCACCACGCUUGACCCGUACUCCAGUUUGCUCAGCAUUCCCAGGCUCACGCGACAUCACACCGGCCGGUAUACCUGCCAGGCCCAAAACCCCGCGGCCCAGGUCAGGUACACGGCCGCGCUGCUAGUCAAAGUGCCGCCGAAGUGGACCAUCGAACCGACGGACGUGGACAUCGAAAGGAACCGACAGUUAAUCAUCGAUUGUCAAGCCGAUGGUGUUCCCAAGCCUACUGUCAUUUGGAAAAAAGCUACCGGAAGUAAAUCUGGUGACUACGAAGAGUUAAAAGAAAAAAUACAUACGAAAGUACUAAGUAAUCAUUCGCUGUUACUACAAAACGUAAAAGAAGACAAACAAGGAUACUAUCUAUGUCAGGCUUCCAACGGUAUUGGAAACGCCAUCGGAAAAGUGAUCCAAGUCAAUGUUAAAUCUUCACCUCUGUUUUCAUCGACUUCGAGAACGGUCUCCACCAAAGAAGGCGACACGGCAACUUUACAGUGUAACGUGACGGGCGAUCAACCAAUAGAAGUAAAAUGGUUCAAAAACGGCAAAACCGAUACAAUGUCAUCGAGCAAAUUCAGACUUACAGAACGACAACAGACGUUUGGCGAAAAAGUUAUUGCUUCACUACAAAUCAAUAACGUACAAGUAGAUGACGGUGGCUCAUACGUGUGCCAGGCGAGUAACGUGUACGGUAAAGACCAGCAAUUGGUGCAAUUGUACGUCCAGGAGCCGCCAAACAGACCUAAUGAUUUGAGAGUGAUCACUGUGACUAGUACGACUAUCAACGUGCAAUGGGAACACAAUGGCGAUCAGACGUCCAAAUACAUAGUACAGCAUAAGAAAGCCGACGGUUGGUGGGAUCCGACCGAAGUGGAUAGCAACGUUCAUACAGCACUCGUUGGCGGAUUGCAACCAGCUACCAAGUAUUUGUUAAGAGUGAUUGCGGCCGGAGAUGCUGGCUGGAGUUCACCCAGUGACGAUCUGGUUGCGAUCACCAAUCCCGAACGACCCAGUGGCCCUCCGGCAAGAAUCGAAGUCCGGUCUUUGUCGUCUACGCAGCUACUUGUCACUUGGUCGCCGCCACAAAAGGAACACAGGAAUGGCGUAGUGUUGGGGUACAACGUCGGUUUCGUAGAAGCAAAUAGCAUGGAUAACAUGGCCCACAACAUGACUACGGUGUACGGUGACGGGGAAGACGGUGGCGAGUUUAUAUUGGCAGAUUUGAUCAAAUUUAAAAGAUACUCGAUUGUGGUGCAAGCGUUCAACGAAGUCGGUAACGGACCGCUAUCUGAACCCACCACAGCGCAGACUAUGGAAGACGUACCAUCCAGUUAUCCGCUAGAUGUGCAUUGCUCGUCAUUGGGUUCGCAAACGUUACAAAUGUCUUGGAAACAUCCAGAAAUGCAACACUGGAACGGAGUGAUUCAAGGAUACGUGGUCACUUACGAUUCCAUAGAUAGAGAUGACGACAUUGAAAUCGGUAACCGGAGAACACCGUCGCUGACCAUCGUCCUAACAGGACUACACAAAUACACCAAUUACACACUAAAGGUCGCCGCCUAUACACGAAUCGGAACCGGCGAGAACUCCAAACCGAUCAUGUGUUGCACCGAUCAAGACGCACCUGGACCGCCAGAAGACAUAAAAAUCGCCGUUGCAUCUGCACAAUCGUUGACAGUCGCCUGGUCGCCUCCAAAGUACUCAAACGGUGUUCUCCUGCGAUACAAUUUGUACACCAGAGUUAUGAAAGGAGAAGAGGAAUUGAACCAUAUGAAGAGGACGUUGCCAAGUCAUCAUCUGACGUACGAAGCCAAAUCAUUACAGCCACAUUUGGAAUACCAAUAUUGGGUGACGGCUUCCACAAAAAUUGGAGAAGGACAGAGCUCAAAAAUAACGACUCAAAUACUAUCAACGACCAGAAUAGUUCCAGCGAAAAUCGUUUCUUUCGGCGGUCUUAUCGAGAGACCUUGGAGGACGUCCAUAAAACUGCCUUGCACAGCUGUUGGACAACCCACUAUCAAGAGACAGUGGCUAAAAAGCUACAGGGCUAUUCAGUCUUGGGAUGGUAACUUGGAAGUGAUGGAAAACGGUGAUAUGACGAUAGCGUCUCUCCAACGAUCGAACAGCGACAAUUACACGUGUCACGUGGAAAACAUACACGGUGCCGAUGCGAUAAUUUAUCAAAUAAUCGUUCAAGUGCCCCCGGAACCGCCUGUCUUGUACACCGCUCGAGCGACUAGCUCCACUCUCGUGUUUCAUUGGCGACUAUCGUCCAACGGCGACGCUCCGAUCACCGGCUACACUAUGACGUACCACUUGCACCCCAGAGGUCCGUACCGUCAAGUUUCGAUCCCGAGACACACGACGUCGCACUAUCUGAACGACUUAGCGUGCGGCCAGACCUAUCAGGCGCACAUCGUAGCCAACAACAAGGUGGGCAGCUCCAAGCCCAGCGUCGUGGUGACGGCCAAGACGAAAGGCGGUAAGCCCGGAGUGCCAAAGAAAUUGCUGUUCCUGAAGCCCAAUUCCACGUACUUGCGGUUAAACCUGGAAGCAUGGCCAGACAACGAUUGUCCAAUCGAUAGAUUUGUCAUAAGACACCGACCGAUGUUGCAACCACACUGGACCACGACUGCCGACAACUUGCGAAACCAGAGGAAGUUCACGAUAACCGGAUUAAUGCCCGCCACAGAGUACCAGUUGCAAGUAGAGGGCCACAAUGCCGCCGGAUCGACGUUGACGGAAUAUUAUUUUUUCACGCUGACAGAAGACGGAGAAGAACCUCCGCCGGAGCUGGUCGAAAAGAGUCAAAUAUCUCGUCCGUUUUAUUACAUGGACAUGAAAAUGGCUAUUCCCGUGUUAGGAACAUUUGUCGCCGUUCUUGUGGUCGUUUGCACGGCGUUCGUCUGCUUGAAAAGAAAACGGGAUAACGUUCCGGCUCAGGGUGCGGGAGACACACGUGACAGGAGGAGUGCAGAAAAUCAGAAAUAUUAUGCGACUAUCCACAAAGUGGGGCUGACCAAUUCCGAGAAAAUUCCUGAGACGUCGGCCGAUAUAUCGCCUUACGCCACAUUUCCAGUGGACGAUUCACAACGCGGAUCCAUGCCAAUGUUGCACAACCUCACGCUGCGCCAGCAUUCUGUCCACGAAAAUUACGCGCCACCUUCGCACCCACCAAAGAUGUUCAAAAACAGACACGACAGAUCGGCUCAAGAUUUGUACGAAAAACAUUCUGCACACAAUAUUGACGAUUCGGAUUCAGAUGUCGAACAAAAUAUGACGUCAAGUAGGAUUGAAUCGUCCAAUCAUCCGAACAAAACAAAACUUACAAGUUUCAUAUACAGCCGGGCACAGUCCAGUACGUCAUCGGACUUAUCUCCACCGCCAACUGAACAAAAAUCACUGCCACGACGAACACAGACUAGAUGGUUCCCGACCAAUAGAUCUAAAAGGUCUUCCUCGAUGGCCAACACAUCAUUGUUCCCCACAACUAGUGCACGUCGAGCAGAGACUGACAGCAACUCGGACACAUUGAAGAAACUUAACUUGGGCAAGUCGACACUGUGGUCGAGACCUGUGUCAAACAACAACCCACAGAAGCAUUCAGAUUACUCCAUAGCUGUUUAGAUUGGUACACUUAAAUACAAUAGAUUUGUUAUCACACGUUUUUUUUUUUUUUUUUGUUACUUAAGAAAUUUUGUUAUACAUAAUAAUAUUUAAUAUUUAUUAACGAUUUUAAACAUUUUUAAUUGUUUUAAUAAUUAAAAUAUAUAUAAAUAAAAAAAUAAAUAAUAAUUUGAAACAA